AUGGCUAGCAGAGAUAGAGAUCGUGGAAGGAAAUACAUAAGUGGGGCUGAAAAACUGAAAACGAAGAAGCAGCGAGAUGGUUAUAUUAAGCAGCAAACAAACAAUAUUAUGAAAUUCGUAAUUGAAACUACUGGUCAUUCAAGACAGCCAAACGAAGAUGAAGAACAUUUGGCAACGUAUCAGAUCCCUUUGGAAGAAGGAAAGCAACAGUUGAAUACACCCGUGAAGGAAGAACAAGAAGACACCAAUGAAACUGAAAUGGACGAAAAUGAAAACAAUAGGACAACGAGCGAUUGUGAAACUCAUCGAGAAAAAGACAUUGAAGAUAUGGAAAUUGAAGCACAAAAAGAAGAAAACAGGAAUUUCGACACUGAAGAUCCUAGCACGUGGCCAAUUGAAAGAACACAACAAACAGUAAAUUUAAUAGUUCAGCAUGGUCCUGUACAAGUUAAUCAAUUUAACUUCCCUAAGAACAAAAAUAAACGGAGUUUUUCUGCAACAUAUUUUACAAGAAUACUGGCGAAUGGGCAAAGGAAAGCACGAAGAUGGUUAAUUUAUUCUAAAUCUAAAGAUAAGGUGUACUGUUUCGCCUGUAAAUUAUUUUCAAUAACUGAUGUUUCAUUGGGGACAGAUGGAUUUUGCGAUUGGUCUCAUUUAUCACAGCGAAUCAAAAUGCACGAACAAUCUGCAGUACAUUUACAAGCUAUAAACAAGUGGUUUCAGACUGAACAAAAUUUUCGCAUUGGCAAUCUAAUUGAUAAAGAGUUUGAAAAACUAUUAAAACUUGAAACGGCACGAUGCGAACAAGUUUUCCAAAGAAUAACUGCAAUCAUUUUAUAUUUGGCGCAACAUAAUUUAGCUUUCCGAGGAAGUUCCGAUACUUUGAACACACCGCACAAUGGUAAUUUUUUGGAUUUAAUACAGUUAGUUGCAAAAUUUGAUUCUGUUCUAAAUGACCAUUUAAACAGAACAGCCAUAAAAGGGCAUCAUUAUUUAUCUCAUUCAAUUCAAAACGAAUUAAUAAGUGCAAUGGUAAAUAAAGUACAAAGAGUAAUUAUCGAUGCAAUAAAGAGAGCAAAAUACUAUUCCAUUUUAUUGGAUUGUACACCAGAUGUGAGCCAUCAAGAACAACUAUCGGUUGUCCUUCGUUAUGUUAACAUAACAGAUGAUGACGUUGAAAUCGAAGAACAUUUUUUUAUCAAAUUUGAAAUAGUUCACAACACAACAGGAAAAGGACUAUCCGAAACAAUCAUACUUAUUCUGGAUCAGUUGGGAAUAAAAAUAUCUGACUGUCGCGGACAAGGAUAUGAUAACGGUGCCAAUAUGAGGGGAAUAUAUCAGGGAGUACAAGCAAAUAUAUUAUGUGAAAAUCAUAAAGCGUUUUAUGUAUCAUGCGGUAGUCACAACUUGAAUUUGUUACUGAGAGAUAUAGCAAAAUCAUCAACACAAGCACUAAAUUUUUUUGGUGUUUUACAUAAGAUUUAUACGAUAUUUGCAGCAUCAACAUCGCGUUGGGAUGUUUUAAAAAAACAUGUUGAAAAAGUUACACCUAAACCAUUAUCAGAAACUAGGUGGGAAUGCCGUUUUGAUAGUGUAAGGGCUGUUCGCUUUCAAGUUCGCCAAUUUCGAAAUGCCUUGAACGAAGUUGCCAACAACGCAUCUGACAAUAAAUUAAAAAUUGAGAUUUUGUCUACAAUGCGAAAAAUAAAUGAGUUUGAAUUUAUUGCCAGUCUCAUCAUUUGGUACGAAAUAUUAUCAAAAAUUAAUAUCGUCAGCAAAGUAUUGCAAAAUCAAAAGAUGCAAAUUGAUUUGGCCACGAAGCAUCUAAAAGGUCUGAACGUAUUCCUUGUGGAAUACAGAAAUGCAGGAUUCAACAAAGCCAUGAUCGCAGCAAAUGAAGUUGCAAAGGAACUAGACAUAGCACCAGAUUUCAAGUCAUCAUACAGGGGCAAAAACGGAAAUUAUUUGAUUACGAAGGACAGGAUGAAUCAUCGACGAUCAGCGACGAAGAAUACUUCCGUAUACAUUACUUUUUAA